GGAUGGGAUUUGAAGGGGCGAAAUGGGAAAAACGGAUUUCAUAAAUCCACACCUCUCUGUGUAUAGAGCUACAGGGGCACUGUCUCUGUGCUUUGCCUGAGAAUCCUUGUGGUCACACUUCGCAUAAAUGGAGAGUAAGAUAGAGAGAAAGGAACUCGAGAUGACGGAGAGAAUGAGAUGGGCUAAGAUGGUGAUGAUGAUGAUGAUGAUGAUGUCGUCAAUGGUGAUGAUGGUUGGGUCUUCAAGAUUGCCCAGAAGAGUCGACGAUGAUGACUCCGAGAUCUUCCGACGACAUUUGCUCGCCAAUGGCCUUGGCCUCGCUCCUCCCAUGGGGUGGAACAGCUGGAACCAUUUCAGCUGUAACAUAAACGAGAAGAUCAUUAGAGAAACUGCUGAUGCUCUCGUUUCCACUGGCCUCUCUAAGCUCGGUUACACCUUUGUUAACAUCGAUGACUGCUGGGCAGAAAUUUCUCGUAAUGACAAGGGAAGUCUGGUCCCGAAGAAUUCAACAUUCCCUUCUGGUAUCAAGGCCCUUGCGGAUUAUGUUCACAGGAAGGGCCUUAAGCUCGGGAUUUAUGCCGAUGCCGGGUACUUCACUUGCAGCAAAACCAUGCCAGGUUCCCUCGGCCACGAGGAGCAUGAUGCCAUGACAUUUGCUGAAUGGGGGAUAGAUUACUUGAAGUACGACAACUGCAACAAUGAUGGCUCCAAGCCAACUGUUAGGUAUCCCGUGAUGACCCGGGCUCUGAUGAAAACCGGUCGCCCCAUCUUCUUUUCGUUGUGUGAAUGGGGAGAUAUGCAUCCAGCUCUCUGGGGCUUUCAAGUGGGCAACAGUUGGAGAACCACUAAUGACAUCUCUGAUAACUGGCCUAGUAUGGUCUCUAGAGCAGACAUGAACGAAGUCUAUGCCGAGCUUGCAAGGCCCGGAGGCUGGAACGAUCCGGACAUGCUUGAAGUGGGCAAUGGAGGGAUGGCAAAGGAUGAAUACAUUGUCCAUUUCAGCAUAUGGGCAAUCUCUAAGGCUCCUCUUCUACUUGGCUGUGACAUAAGAAACAUGACAAAAGAAACAAUGGAGAUUGUCUCCAACAAGGAGGUCAUUGCUGUUAAUCAAGAUCCACUUGGGGUUCAGGCCAAGAAGGUAAGGAUGGAAGGCGAUCUCGAGAUAUGGGCAGGACCGUUAUCAGGUUACAGAGUGGCUCUGCUGCUAGUGAACCGUGGACCAUUACGGUCUGCGAUCACUGCCCAUUGGGAUGACAUUGGCAUCCCUGCAAACAGCAUCGUUGAAGCCAGAGAUCUUUGGGAGCACAAGACUUUGGCCCAGAAGUUUGUCGGAAACCUGACUGCUACAAUGGAUUCUCAUGCCUGCAGGAUGUAUAUUCUGAAACCCGUCGCUUGAGAAACCUUUGCUCUGUAACUACAUAUUUGAUCAAUGGGCAAUAAGAUUCAAAGGGCGAAAGGCAAAUGUCUUUCCCCCUUUUCUCAUUCACUUGAACAGAUCUAUAAAGGAUCAAAGAUUUAUGUCAGCUUUGUUUGGGCCAUUAUCAAAAAUACACUUACUUUGCUA